AUGGCGCCAGUCGCUACGUUAGCAAGCUUGAUUCUUCUUGCCCAAAUAAUGAGCAUUAAUGCAGUUUUCACCAGACCUGAUGCGACAUUUGGAAAUUGGAAGGCAAUGUCCACCUGGUAUGUUAAUAGACAUUCUAACUGUUUAUGUUUCUGGGCCUGUUUUUGGUUAGCCAUCAAUUUUUUCAUCAUUUUUUCUAGUCGAAAACACCUAAUCGGAAAUUUAGCUGGCGGUUGAGAAACACAAAAAAAUAUUUCAACAUUGUCAAUUUAGCCUAAAUCAAAUUGACUGAACUUCAGACAUCAUUUUUCCUUUGGCGUACCAUCUACUCUCUUCAUUUUAGCAUUAUUUUACAGAAAAAGCACUAAACAUAUUUUUCAAAUUUGUUUGCCGCUUGAGAAACGUAUAAAAAAUUUUUAAAAAUUGAAUAUAAUCAUAACUAUGCAGUAUGAAGUAGCAAAGUUAGUAUAUUAAUUAGUUUUGAGCGCGUGAUACGUAACAUACAAAAUAUUUCUCUUCAUAAUACGUAAAUUUGUGGUAAUACCGACAAGUUGAUUGAAUUUUGGUUAAAUCUGGAAGAAAAUUACAUGAGAAAUUAGCAAAAGUUCGCCUUUCUUUGCCCGGCAGAGUGGCUGAAAUGCGCGCAAUUAGUCAUUAUGUAAUUUAUGUAUCAUAUGACAUAAUUUGAUUCGCUGGCCGAUGCAUGCCGAAUCUCCCAUGCAGCGUCUGUACAACUUUAAAUAUACAUAGAAAUACAAGGCAUUUUUUAAUACCAUGAACUGGUGGAGCACUUUCCCCACUGGGCCCCUUCCUCUGCCCUACCACUGAGGAAAAGAAAUGGCCUAUUGCCCCAAAGCCAGGGCCCAAUGAGCUGUAUUGAGUAAAUGAGUUUAACAUUGAAAAGAAGUUUAAAAAACAAAAUUUGUUGGUGAGUAUAUACUUAAACUUAUGUUAUGUUUGAAUGUUUAGCAUGCAAUUUAUUACAAAUUUCACCAUUAAAACUUUGUUUUGAGAAGUUGAGAUUUUUUAAAAUGCGUUCUCAGAAUGCAGAAAAUGCUAUUUCUGAGAUCCAAAUUUUAAAAAUUUCCUGGGGGGCAUGCCCGGCCCGGCCCCCCUUGCUAUCUCGUGCCUGCGGUACUCGGCUCACACCAUCGGCGAUCGCAUACUAUCCAGGGGGAGGGCAAGGAAAAUGGGCCCUUUGGCAGUUUUGCCCCACCACUGAAGAAUCCUUAAAAAAUGCACUGUAGAAAUACUAUGAGAUUUCAUAUCAGUUGUUUUCCUCUCACUUCAAAUAAAUUAUUCUGUAGGUUAUGGUAUGUCUCGUAUAAUAAGCUAUUUCAGCAGGGGUCACAAAGACCGCGCAUGGGCUUUCUACUGCAGGCAAGACUCAAAAGUGACAAGCGUCUGUCAUUGGUCAGGUUGGUUAAAUUGGUACAACGGCGAAUUACUAUACCAAUGCCCAACUGGGGUUCUCGCAGGUAAUGUAUAUAAAUAAUCGGCCAUAACAAAGUUUUGCAGCUUUUUGAUCUAUUGUUUCAUUAAUUGAUCAGGAUUGAUACAAUUUUUCUGAAUAAAUUAAAGGUUUAUUAGCAUCCAUUUCCAAUCAAUAAAUCUAAUCAACAUGAGCUCCAACUUUGAAUUAAAUUACUUUUUGAUUUUCAAAAAAAAUUUUGGAUUAGUCUCAAAUAAUUAAGAUUAGAAUAGGGUUAGAUUAAGAUUAGGGUUUAGGGCAACCCCGUCAGCACGAAGGCCCUGGGGACGAGGUUGGAGUUAGUGGUUAGGCCUUUACCAACAACAGAAACAGCAGCAACAACAACAACAACAACAACAACAACAACAACAACAACAACAACAACAACAACAACAACAACAACAACAACAACAACAACAACAACAACAACAACAACAACAACAACAACAACAACAACAACAACAACAACAGCAACAAAACAACAACGGCAACAACGGCAGCAACGGCUGCAACGGCAACAACAACAACAACAACAACAACAGCAACAGCAGCAACAACAACAACGGCAGCAACGGCAACAACGGCAACAACAACAACAACAACAACAACAACAACAACAACAACAACAACAACAACAACAACAACAACAACAACAACAACAACAACAGCAAUCAACAACAGCAACAGCAACCAACAACAGCAACCAACAACAACAACAACAACAGCAACCAACAACAACAACAGCAAUCAACAACAACAGCAAUCAACAGCAACAACAACAGCGACAACGACAACGACAACGACAACGACAACGACAACGACAACGACAACGACAACGACAACAACAACAAGUAUGUCGCCUCAUUGUCUUAAACCAAUGUACUGUAUGUCACACACGAAAGCGAGGCUCAUAGCCACAGUGACGUACCAUGCGGAAGUAUAAAUAUUUUCCAGUGAAUUCAUUGAUAAAUUUCAUGAUUUUCAAUUCAUAAGGUGUAUACUCGACCCAUAACAAUAUUUACCAAGACAGAAGAUUUAGAUUCAGAUGCUGUCGCACCAGAAGAGUGUGUCAAUAUAGUUGUCGUUGGACUGGUUACGUCAAUAACUUUAAAGGCCAUAAGAACUAUGUGGUACCAUAUGGCUAUUUUAUCACUGGAGCAAAAAGUCAUCACCUCAACGUCCACCAGUAAGUUCAAAAUUCAUAAUUUCUCCAAGAAAGUUUUGCUUUCAUCUUUCAUUUUGUGCGGAAUAAGUGUGACGCUUAUUCGCGGGCGGUGUUUAAAAAAAUGUAUUCCAUUUGAUCUUACUGUGUAGUUUUGUCUAACAAUUGGUUAGUUUUGAGUAUUAAAGGGAAAUGGCAAUAUAAUUUUUUAUUUUCUCAUUUGAAAGAACUUUUGAAACUAUUUAAUAACUUAUAUUACCGACGUCACAACAGGGAUUAACCAUAUAAAAGUAUUCGUUACUGACCAAAUAUUGAUUGGUAGAUGUUUUAAACGUUUCAAGUGAUCUUGAUAUUUCUAAGAGCAUACAGAGUAUAAUUUUGGGUGCAAAAUGAUUAGUGGUUGUCUAGAUAAAAAUAUUGCGUGUCCCUGUUGUGACGUAACAUGCAUAUCCACAAAAAUCCAAGAUGGCGGACAUUUCAUUUCUUUCGAUUAAAAUAUUUGUAGAAGUAAGCAAGAUAUGAAAAAACGGUAAAAGAGUUUUAUAUAUAGUUUUAAAUGUUCUUUCAAACGAGAAAAUAGAAAAAUAUAUUGCCAAAUAUAAUGGAAACCUAUCAACAAACCUUUAUAUUUCAGUGUGUGUGCUGCAUAGCAGACGUCGCUCCCUCACUAUAUACAAGGCUGCGUUCAGACUGCACGAGUGCCUGGCACUGGUGCCCAACGUUCAAAAUGGUUCACAAAACAUGUUGAGCACAGUGCCGUUGUUGAGUACUACGUCUAGAAGUAGUGCCCUUUCUUGGGCACUGUGCCCAAUUUCAUUUGGAAGCAUCAUGUUCAAACGAGGCGCUAAAACAAAUGACUCGGGCACCAGUACCGGGCACCCAGUCUGGACGCAGCCUAACAACUAUAUAUAAUAGAGAGUUUAUAAGCUUCGCGUCAUACGUCAAACGCCAAGCAAAGAAAAAUUUUACGGUAUCAGGCAAUAAAGAGUAAGUGAACUUGCUGUUUUCAAAACUGAAAUGCAUAAUUAUUCUUUCGACGCAAGAAAGAAAAUAUGAAACGAAACGGUUCAACGAAAAUUUUGCCAAGAAAGUUCGAACCUGCCCUUUGCCGUUCCCGGUAACCUAAAGCUUAGGAACCGGUCAUUAAUUACAGGGGAGAGGGGGGCUGGUGGAAAACGAGGGGGGUCAGGUAUUUUCGUGCAUGAAAAAAGGGGUUUUUGUGCAAUAUAAAUACCUGACCCGCAUGACCCUGUUGUACCAUAAAACCUACAUAUAAAAAUAGAGACGGCAGUAGAACUGUAGUAAACUCCAACACAACACCAUUUAUUAAACUGAUUUCAACAUAAACAUGUAUAUUGGAACAGCCGUUGACUCAAUAAAUGGUAAAGAAUAUAUAAAUUACGAUACAUGUAUAUAGGGCAUAGUUGCCAACUCUCACAGAUCCACCAUAAGCAUCACAGAUUUUACUGAAACCUCACAGUGAGCUCACAGCUUCCGAAAAUAAUCCAACUGGUUCUCAGUUAAAUAUGUUGGCUUUGUUGCACAUUUUAACCAUUAAGAGUGACUUCAUUUACGUCAAAUUACAUAAAACCUUUUUCUUCUGAAAAAUUUCACGCCAUUAAACCAGAAUAGAUAAUGAAACAUCACUUCAUGCAACCUCGUACCGGCAUGGGUAUUCAACAAUAUGGUUUUGUAUAUCUAAAGAAAAGCUACCAAAACUUGUGUGUAUACGGUUUAGAAGACUCUGGAAAUGCCAUUUCCAACGAUAUCUAGAGACUCCAUAUUUUCAAAUUAUUCCGCUCGGCGCCAACUAUGCUGGCGCCUUGUGGGCCCCCCAAAGCAAAAUCUCACGGAUGUUUUAUUCCCAAUGUUGGCAACUAUGAUAGGGUAGUAUGAUUAAAUGUGGCUUCACUUUACAAGAACUUUAAAUUACGAAUGCACCUUUUGUUAUUUGCAUGUGGAGGGGGGGGGGGGGGGGAAGGGGGUCAAGUGUAAUUGUGUUAUCCUCAAGGGGGGAAUUAAUUUUAGCAUCUAAUUUUUUAUUUCCACCAGCCCCCCCCCCUCCCCUGUAAUUAAUGACCGGUCCCUUAAACUCCCUACUGACAUUGAACUUACAUGGAGAUGGAAAACAAUUAAAAGGGAUUCCAUGAACACCUUUUAAAAGCCACAUAGAUUGCUAGUGAUCUACAAAAGUAUCACUAUAAAUACAAUUUUAUAACAAUGUUUUUUGGUAUAUACGUAAUUUUGAUUAUCAUUAUCGUAAAUGCGAGUACCUAGAAAAUACGGUACUGUACUACUGUUUGGAUCUGGAAGGGUGUUACUCAUAAAAGUACAUAUGACAUCAUCAUAUCUCUUUCGUGUUUUUUUAGGGACAGAGUAUGGCGAUUCUUGA